AUGAGUGCAAAGAGCCCCGAGGUUGUGGAUGGCAUGAUCGAUGACACUUUACUAGGCAUCCUCAUUCUUCUCUUGGUUGUCAUGCUAAGUACGGGCUACGUUUACGUACAACAACUUCGACAGGGAGAUGCAACUCAGCGUGGAAAUGGGGCCAAUACAUUGGCGCGCAUGGUGCCAUCUACUUCCGCGGCGUUGUCUUCAUUUCCUGAGCGCGCUACCAUCUCGACUUCAGGUCUUAAUGAUCGUCAAAUGCGUUUACAUCUUGUGUUACCCAUGCGAAAUGGUGCACGAUGCAUUACUAUCAGUAUUAAUGCAGUAUUGAAGUAUAUGAAUCCUGAAGCUUUAGCAUGGAUGAACGAUGAAGUACCGGCGUUACUAGCAGACUUGUCCUGCAUAGCUGACGUACAUUUGUUGUGUAUGGUGACGGGUAACCAUGAUACAAAAACAAUGGAAAUAAUCCGUGAGUUUGUGGUUACGCAUCCAGUACUUAAAAGUAAUGACAAAGUGCGUCGAGGUAUUCAGUCGCACAAGAUUCUCUUUUGCACGACAAGCGUUGGCAAGAUUGCUUUUGUACGUCAACUUGAACCUCAUCUUCAUGUGGAAGUUGACGGUCAUGUUGUCAGUGACUUGGAGAGACACGUUCCACGAAUUGUAUACGUCCCGCAGUCAUCUGAGCAUGCAGUAUCACCCACAAUUCCUAAUGUUAUUCACGUGGGUGAUAGCUUUACUGACUAUUUCUCGCUGAUUAGUGCAAAAGAUCGAACGUAA